AUGGCCACUCAGUGGCCCAUUCCCGAAAUUCCAGGCGUCCUCCUACGGGAUCCGGAAAUCCGCCAGUUCCUCAACAACCGCGUCGCUCACCUGUGCGGACGGAGAGACAGCAAGUUCCCCGGCGCGCAGCCCGUGUCGUUUGCGGGCGCAUCACUUGACCUCCUCGAGAAGCUGGACUUCUGGGUGUGUGAGAAGAGUGAUGGCGUGCGCGUCCUGCUGUUUAUUGUGUAUAAUAUGAUGACGGCGAGCCAGGAGGUGUGGUUGAUCGACCGCAAACAACGCUACUUCAGCAUCCAGAACUUGCACUUUACCCACUGGGAGCGACCCAACGACCCAUUGGCCGACACGAUUCUAGACGGCGAGCUGGUGAUUGACAUCGACCCUCUGACGAAGAACCAGACGUUGCGGUUCUAUGCGUUCGACUGCCUUGUGCUUGGCGGGGAGAAUAUUAUGACGAAGCCGCUCGUCAAACGUUAUGCGCGUCUACGAGACUGGGUGAUUGCGCCAAUGAAGAGGGCGCUCCAGCGCUUCCCGGAAUGGAAGGGGAGUGCGCCAUUUGAGAUUCUCGCCAAGCCGCAAGAGUUGAGCUACUGCGUUCGCCAGGUUCUCGAGACACACAUCCCCAACCUGCAGCACGGACACGACGGACUCAUCUUCACGUGUGCAGAGAGCGAGUACGUCACCGGUACAGACCCGAUGAUCCUCAAGUGGAAGCCGCCGAGCGAGAACUCGAUCGACUUCCGCAUCGAUCUCCGCUUCCCCGUAGGACCGGACGGAGAGUUGGACAUGUUCGAGAAGCCCUUCUUCCUCCUCAACGCGUGGAUGGGGGGCGACGACUACGAGUUCUUUGAUGAGAUGGACGUCGACGACGACGAAUGGGAGAUAAUGAAAGACUCCCGGGAGCAGUAUGACGGGCGCAUUGUCGAGUGCGUGUGGAAUGCGGAGCGGCAGGGAUGGCGCAUGAUGCGUGUCCGCGACGACAAGCCGCACGCGAACCACAAGAGCACUGUUGACAAGGUGCUGGAGUCGAUUCUUGACGGUGUCGAGAUUGACGCUGUGCUUGCGCGCCAGGACUCGAUCCGCGCAGCUUGGAAGGAGCGCGCAGCGCGGCAGCGCAACGCGCAACGACAGCCCCACCUGGGACAGCGCGCUCCGCCACCACCCCCGCCGCCCAUGGCGGGAGGUAUCCGGCGAUAG